UCAUAGGGUGAUUAUAAGUACUAGAUGUUCCAGAAGAUUUUAGAUCCACGUUUGUGCCCUCUCAGAAGCAGCAAAAUUAGCGUACAGGUACCGGAACUAUUUGCCUGGAUUGGAUAUCAUUGAAGAUAGUUACCAGAGCACGGACUCCGCAGUUCGCCUAUUCUAUAAGUAUCACGAGGAAUUCAUUGAUAAGCUCCAACCGGUGACAUUUGAUGAACUAGCUGUGCUACCAUUUGGAUGUAACUGGGAGAAGAAGAGAACGGUCACCUGUGUUUUCUUGACUCAGAAGUUUCUCAAUCAUAUCUUCACGUUCGUGCUGUUCGGAAAUGAAAAACCCCAUUUCGACAUCAAUAUGUUGAAACCCUUCAUAAAACUUAUGGGCUAUACGGAUCCCAAAGCUGAGUAA